AUGGCGUCCGUGCCGCUGUCCGCGUCGUCGCAGGCCGGCCUCCUCCUCCUCCCGCUGCCGCUCCUGCAGCCGCCCGGCGCCAGCGCAGGAGCAUGCCUGCGCUACCGCCUGCCGAGGCUGCCUCCAGCGCUCUCGAGCGUGAGGAAGGGAGGGCUCCUGCCGCUGCCGAUUCUGGCCGCGGAGGGGAAGGACGGGCAGGCCGUGACCAAGGAGGAGGUGGAGGAGGACGACGAAGAGGAGGUGGAGGUGAGGAAGGAAGGCGAGGAGGAUGGGGGAAGUGGUGAUGGUGGUGUGGCGAGGGAGGACGCGUCCAGGGGCUCGGGGCGGUUCGCCGCGGAUUACAUCUCGCUUGGCAUCAAGGAGCCCGUGUAUGAGGUGAUAGAAGUGAGAUCUACUGGGAGGAUGUCCACCAAAAAAAUAAGCCGGCGGCAGCUACUGAAAUCUAGUGGCCUCCGUUUACGUGAUACUCGAAGCGUUGACCCAUCAUUAUGGUUAAUGAAUUCAAUGCCUUCCCUGCUGGUACGUGAACAAGCUAUUUUAAUCAAUCUUGGUUCCUUGCGAGCAAUUGCUAUGUAUGAGCGUGUUCUUAUAUUUAACUAUAACAGUCAAGGAGGGAAGGCCUUUUUAGAGCUAUUACUGCCAAGGUUAAAUCCAAGAAACAUCAAUGGUGGGCCCGCAAUGCCUUUUCAGCUUGAGGUUGUUGAAGCUGCACUUCUUUCUAGAAUACUAAGAUUGGAGCAGAGACUAAUGAAGAUUGAGCCUAGUGUGGCUGCAUUGCUUGAAGUUCUACCAAAUCGGUUGACCGCUGAUGUCUUGGAGCAGCUUCGUCUAAGUAAACAAGCAUUGGUUGAGCUGGGUUCACGAGCAGGUGACCUCAAACAAAUGCUCAUUGAUCUCCUAGAAGAUCCUCAUGAAAUCCGCCGAAUAUGCAUAAUGGGGAGAAAUUGCACACUUGAUAGAUUGGAUGAUCACAUGGAGUGCUCUGUUCCUUUAGAUAAGCAGAUUGCUGAAGAGGAAGAGGAAGAAAUUGAAAUGUUAUUGGAAAAUUAUCUUCAACGAUGUGAAUCGUGCCAUGGUCAAGCAGAGAGACUUCUGGAUUCUGCAAGAGAAAUGGAAGACUCAAUUGCUGUGAACUUGAGUUCCCGACGACUUGAAGUAAGUAGAGUGGAGCUGCUUCUUCAAGUGGGAACAUUUUGUGUUGCAGUAGGAGCAUUAGUUGCAGGAAUAUUUGGCAUGAAUCUUAAAUCAUACCUCGAGACGAACGCGUGGGCAUUUUGGGCGACGACUGGUGGAAUAGUAGUUGGAGCACUAGCUGGAUUUUUCCUCAUGUACUCAUACCUAAAGGCUAGGAAGAUAUUGUGAACCCUGUAACAUCUGUAUCUUAGAACUAUUCUUAGAACUGUAAAUAAAGCAAUUUUGAUGUCA